GAUAGGGUAAUGAAAAUGAUGGCGACCGAUGCAGAGGAGAUAAGAAACCAAACAAGUCCUUGCCCCAUCCCCGACACCAGUCUCAGCACUCUGUCCAUCAAAAUAACGCGGAAAAACCAGGAUAGACACUGGAAGUUGCGGUUUAUUUACCUUCAGUGCUAUUUCUUGACCAUUGCAACAAUAUUAGGAACUGGAAUCUUAGGUCUUCCAGUAACGAUAGCCCAUGCUGGACUGGUGCCUUUCCUCGUCUCCUUUCUCAUUGGCUUUUUUGUCCAGGCCUUACUUAUCUACCUGUUCGUGGAACUUCUUCAGAAAUGUCAGGUGGUGCAGCUGGAAUCGCUGAAGACAGAUGUUGCAGAAUGUAUUGUGAUGGAUCAGGUGAGCGUGGAGGACCCAGCCUUCACAGAGGAUGAGGAUGAAGAUGAUGGUGAAAAUGCAGAAGCAGAUGCAGGUUUACUGCAGCCGGAUGCUGUUGCUCUGCACAACCAAGAAGAGGGCCUGCACCCCAACCUUCAUCUGCUUGGCCACAUCUUCCUCUCACGGCCCAUGAGCCAUGCCUUCAACUGCAUCCUCCUCUUCCAGUUUAUUUCUAUUGGAAUUAGUUAUGUCCUAGCUGGCAGUGAGGCCUUUGCUGCUCUUCUUAAUGUCAGUCACAUCUAUGUGAUCCCGGCCUUCACCUGGAUUCUCACUCUAGCUAUCUUGCUAGCCCACACAGUCAUCCAGCCAAUCACUUCCCUGCUCACCCUACUGAAAGGAAUCCUGCUCAUUGUCACGCCCUUUGAUUUGCCUCACAUCUAUGUGAUCCCGGCCUUCACCUGGAUUCUCACUCUAGCUAUCUUGCUAGCCCACACAGUCAUCCAGCCAAUCACUUCCCUGCUCACCCUACUGAAAGGAAUCCUGCUCAUUGUCACGGUGGCUGUGACAUUUGCAGUGGGGUCAGAGGUCGGCCUUCAGAGCAGCAACGACUUCAGUCAGAUGGGGAAACCUUUCCUAAUGGGCACAGUGGCUCUGGGAGGAAUUGUAAACGUGAUGCCUUUGCUUUUCUCACAGAUCUCACACAACAGAACACAGAUCCUGUGGUUUCGAAGAGCAGUUCUUGGAGGUCUGACAACCUGCACUGUGCUCAACAUCCUCUGGUGCUGGGCAGUGCUGGAAAUUGUUCCCCAGACAUCGUUACCAGAGAGGUGGAUGGCAGUUGAGACAACUCAGCGUGACUCCAGCAGCCCAGCUGUUCCUCAUUCCUCCACCCCCUCUCUGCUGUACUCCAACAUCUCACUAGAGGAGUCUGAGAAAGCAGGAGAGAUUGCAACCAUUCCACUGACUAAGAUUAUUAAUGAACGUUACAGGGCAUACUCCUGGGUGGCUGAGCUGAUCCAGGUGUUUAUAGCCAUCAGCGUCACUGUGUCCUUCCUGGUGAUGGGAUCUGCCAUGAAACACACAAUUGAUGGUCUGGUGAGCUCGAUGUGGAGCAGACGACUGGAGUGGCUGUCUAAAGCCUGGGAGCGAAACCUACCAAACAAACAGCACGUCUGCUCAGCACGAAGCAUGGCUAAAGGAUUCAUGUCACUGCUUGGAUUUGGUGUCAUCUUUAUCGUGUCAGUGUGUGAUCCCAGGGGUUUUGUUGUCAUGUUGGACAAAGUUGUGUCAUUCUCUCUCAACACCGAAGUGGGACUGUUUGUUUUCAUCAUGCUGAGAGAAUCCAGAGAAGACAGAUUCCAACACCUUGCAGUCCCUCUGCCAGUGGGCGACUGCGUCUUCAGCCUAACCUGGCUGCUUCCCACCUACUUCCUAUUUGCAGUAACCUAUGAUGUCCUGCAGACCCUGGCCGAUGUGGCUCAUUACCUGCCUUUCUACAGCCACAGUCAUGAACCACACGACCAGAAUGUGACCGGGAGCUCAACAGCAGCCAACCUGUCUGUGCUGCUCUGAUCCUCAAGCAGCCACAUGAGAAAGAUGGACCAGAAUGAGUGGUAAUUGCCAAAAAUCUAAAGCUUAGCAAAGUGCUUUUUAUCUUGUAUUCAUACUUAACAAACUCUUGAUACAAUCUGAAAACUUUAAAGGUAAGCAUUGUGUUUUUGCACUUUCCCAUGAUGACUCAAUCUAAUAGUGUGCCAAAUGGUGCAAGACCUGUAGGGGUCACUCUUUUCCUUGUCUAACCCCAGUGGCCAUCUCUGUUUAUGUACUAUACAAGUGCUUUUCUUUUCUUAUUGUUUUGUUAGUUGUUUAUUUAUUUUUUAUUAUUUUGUUUUGCUUUAUUUGUUUUUUUCAACUGAAAACAUUCUUGUGUGACAGGAUUUUCCCAUCAGACACCUGGAGCCAGAUGUAUAAAGGUGUACGCACAAAAAACAUUCAUACACCAUUUCCCAUGCAUUAGCUUGUGAUGGUGAAACUAAAUGUGUGCAUCUCACAGAUACUUCAAACCAGGUGUACACAUUGAUUAUUAGAAAAAUCCUCAGUUUGGUAUUAUAAGGCAGAGAUGAAAAACAUGACGAGAAGCGAAAUCGUAUAAUAAAACAUUUAGAUUGUUUUCCACUUUCACUUAUUCUGUAUAAUGUUUGGUUUUUUGGGGGUUUUUUUGGAGUUUACACAACAGUCUGUAAAAUAAUAAUGCAGCCACCGCUUAUAAUAUCAGUUAGAGUAAUAUACUCAUCAAGGUAAUUGCUAAGAUAACAACAUAGCUAAAGCCAAAUGAUUGUAAAUGGCUGUAAACACGUGGUGAGAUUAUCAUGCCAGAAACUAUUUUAUCUUUGGUGCUACAGAGACUGAAAAUGCACUCAGCUGAACUGCAGUGGAAAGUUUAGAAAGACUCAACUUUAUUCAAAUAUCCUCUGAUCCAGUGUGAGUGACAGCCAGGCGAGAGCCAAUCACGUUCAUUUUAAUUCCAACGUAACCUGAAGCACAGACUUAUUUAUCGCUGCACUUCCAGUGGAGAUACAGGACUGCAAUACUAAUUAGGUUAUAUCAGUUUCAACAACGUGCAGCACAGAGCUGUCUGCUGUGGUGCAAUGCCAGCUCCCAUUCACAAUAAACAGCAGCCUUCGUGUCUGCAUGUUUGAAUGGCCUGUAAGACAGAUAGAGUAGACACAGGUACUGAUAAAAC